AUGGUCCAGUACAUCCAUACGCCCUGGCGGGACGAGGAAGAGCUAUUGCGAGUCCGUCAGCAAUUCUAUCCCUCGUCGUCACCAUCCUCAUCAUCAUCAUCAUCAUUACCACCGUCCACUUACGCCACUACCACAUUUCAUCACAUUUCCUCUCUCGACCACCGUAGAGACGACGAGGAUGCCGGCGGUACGCGCGCUGCCCUAGCCCUGGCCCUGGAUGCCGAGAGGCGGCAGCAGCAAGCCGUCUCACGUGUCUCCAUGUGGAUGCAACGCGGCGGCUGCCCCCACUUGGUAGAGUCGACCGCUCUCCUGACGGCCGCUGUCCUCAGCGAUCUCCAUGCGUCCAGGACCAAGGCUAAUUCGUCUUCGUACGCUAUCCGAGCUGCCUACUCAGCUGCGUUUAGUCGUUUUGUCACUGGAUUACUAGAUGGUCAGCAAGACAAGGCCCGCAAAAUGAGCAUGUAUUCUAUAGCAAAGACUAUCGGUCUACCGGCAACGUUUGUUGAGCUUAGACACCAAGCUACACACGAACAACUACCCUCUCUUGCGAAGCUCAGGUCAGCCGCUAGUAACGCACUCGCGUGGAUCUGGGAUUUUUACUGGAAGGACCUCGGCCCUGUAAGCAAAGGAAGUCUGAGAGAUGGCGAGGAUUCGAACCCACGAGAGGCCUUGCUGUUAGGCUACUUACGUGAACAGGAUGAGACCCUGAAAUCGGACCUUGAAAGACAGCUAAAUUCCUGGGAUGAGGCCAGUCUUUUACAAACACUUGCAGAUAUUACGGAAUCUUCAGAAGAGCCACAGGUCAUCUUACGAGCUGUUCAGCUUUCACGUAAAAUUGUGGGCGGUGGUUUUGGGUUGCCAUUAGCAGCAUCGACAGCGGGGGUUCCUCGUAAAACCAAAGACUUGGAAGCUAUUCGAGUCGAGCUGCAAACCUUGAACGAAGAGCUUGAAGAUGUUGAAAUGCAGCGCGUAGACCAACCGACAGAGGUAUCGAACAAGACAGCUAGGACGGGGACGAGUGAUAACUACGCGUACCUCGUCGUUGAUGAUAAGUCUAAAGAUGCAGUCAUUAUCGAUCCCGCCCAUCCCGAGGAAGUUGCCCCUGUUUUGAAGGAGGCCACCCAAGCCGGAAAGAUCAAGCUCACAGCAAUUGUCAACACACACCACCACUGGGACCACUCCGGUGGAAAUAAGAAGUUGUUGGCUGAACUCGGCACACCUGACCUUCCUAUCAUCGGUGGCAAGAAUUGUGAAGCAGUCACGAAGACACCUGGCGAUGGCGAGUCCUGGAGCAUUGGGAGUAUUGCUGUAAAGGGGGUCUAUACGCCGUGCCACACUCAAGACAGUAUCUGCUGGUUUAUGCAAGACGGAGACGACAAGGCUGUCUUUACUGGCGAUACACUGUUUCAUGGGGGCUGCGGAAGGUUCUUCGAGGGAAAUGCUGAGGAAAUGAAUACCGCCCUGAACAAGACUCUCGCCUCUCUGCCGGAUGAUACUAAGGUUUACCCUGGGCAUGAAUACACCAAGUCGAACGUCAAGUUCGGCAUCUCGGUACUUCAGAAUGCGGCCAUUCAAAAGCUACAAGCGUUCGCGGAUAGCAACAAGGAGACACAAGGGAAGUUUACAAUUGGGGAUGAGAAGCAACAUAAUGUAUUCAUGAGAGUAGAGGAUCCCGAGAUCCAGAAGGCUACUGGUAAGACGGACCCCAUCGAGGUCAUGGCUGCGUUACGGGACAUGAAGAACAACUUCAAGGCACCGGCCGAGAGCAAGAUAUAG